AUGGGAUCAAGAAGCAACUCAGAAGAGCAGUUCACUUUGGAUACUAACUACGUGCCACCAGAUACAACGGACUUUGAGACUCAACAAGUCAUGGCAAGACUUGCGGCUAUUGAUGAGAACAAUGAUCAGCGUGAUGGUGGUGAUGAUGGAAACAAGCAAGGUCGCAAAAGAAAGCUGAUCAGUCUGGUCGAUUCAGAAGAGGAUGAUGAUGUUGAAAUAACUCCAACAACCCAACCGAGGAAGCCUCCUAGAAAGACCAGUUUUGGAACAGCCUCGCAGAAACCCAUGUACCAAUCCACUCUGGAUGGAGGUAGUGGCUCUUCCGCACAGGCGUGUAGUCAGAAGAAGACUGUUCCUCUGAAAUCUGUGAUUCAUGGAGGGAGGAGAAAGGCAGAGCCUCGGGGCUCGUCUACUCUGUCGCGGAAAAACAAAGCACCGAGUACUCAGUCCCGGAAAAACAAAGGACCGAGUACUCAGUCGCUGAAGAAGAAGAGCAAGAUCCAAGAGGAGAUACCAGAUUUUGAUGAUGAACUACUAGAAGAUGAGUUGGACGAGGAUGAAGCCGGUGUGGAUGAAGCCGGUUUGGAUGUAGCUGGUUUGGAUGAUAUGGAGAGUAGGCAACGAUCAGAUGUGUGGAAGGAUUUCACGGUGGUUGAAAAACGUAAUGGCACUAUGAAAGCUGUGUGCAAUCAUUGCAGGAAUGAGUAUGCAUGGUAUUCUCACUCGCAUGGAACAAGUGGGCUGAGAAGGCAUCGGUGGAGAUGUAAAAUGUAUCCAAGGAAUACUGGAAGGCAGCAACAACUCAAUACUGAAGGGAAAGUAGUAUCUCGCAAGUAUGAUCAUACUGUGUUCAGACAGAUGAUAGCAAAGACAAUAGUCCAGCAUGGUCUACCUUACGCGUACGUUGAGUAUCAGAAAGUUAGAGACACAUGGGCGUAUUUAAAUGCUGAUGUCCAAACCAUUUGUCGAAACACAGCGAGAGCAGAUGUGUAUCGAUUAUAUGAAAGUGAGAGAGACACACUCAAGAGGGAAUUAGGGAGUCUUCCUGGACGAGUGUCCUUCACAUCUGACUUGUGGACAUCAGUGAAACGAGAAGGAUACAUGUGUGUGACAGCACAUUACAUUGAUCGGAAUUGGAAGUUGAACAGCAAGAUCCUGACGUUUUGUGCUCUACCACCACCACAUACUGGUAUGAAUGUUGCUGUUCAGCUCCUUGAAUCACUGAAAGAAUGGGGAAUUGAAAAGAAGGUUUUCUCGGUCACACUAGAUAAUGCUACGAGUAAUGACUCGAUGCAGGAUAUUGUGAAAUCGCAGCUGAAUUUGAAUGAUGAUUUGUUAUGUGGAGGAGAGUUUUUUCAUGUGAGAUGUGCAGCUCACAUACUUAACCUCAUUGUGCAAGAUGGGUUGAAGGUUAUUGGAGACUCUUUGCAGAAAGUAAGAGACAGUGUUAAGUAUGUUUUAGGAUUGGAAACGCGUGAACAGCUGUUCCACAAAUGUGUGGAUGCUGCCGGUGUAGUAGAAGGUGGAUGGCUUAUACUGGACGUGCCGACAAGAUGGAACUCAACUUACUAUAUGCUUGAAAGAGCCAUCAAGUACCGUAAAGCAUUUGUUAAGUUAGAGGCAUUUGAUAAGAAGGGUUAUAAAACGGCGCCAACAGCUGAGGAAUGGACUAGAGCAGCCAAUAUUUGCGAUUUUUUGGGUCCUUUUGCUGUGAUCACAAGCUUGAUGUCUGGUUCGAAUUACCCGACAGCAAACUUGUUUUUCUAUCAGGUUUGGUUGAUCCAUGAUUGGCUUCGGAGAAAUGAGGAAAGCCAAGACAAGAUUGUCAGAAACAUGGUGCCACCGAUGAAAGAGAAGUUCGACAAAUAUUGGGACGAAGUCAGUGGUGUUUUUGCAAUGGCAGCAGUCUUUGAUCCACGGUUUAAGCUUUCUAUUGUCGAAUGUUGUUUAGGGAAGCUUGACAUGAGGACUCGUGAUGCAAAGGUGAAGAAUCUGCGUGACAAGCUGAGUAUUCUGUUUGAGUCAUACGACAAAAAAUCCAAGAAUAACUCGCCUUCCACUGAGCCUCGUGAGACUGCUUCGCAAAAAGCAUCUGACUCAGGGUCAAUGGGGCUGUUUAUGAACUACAAUGAUUUCUUUGCAUUUCGCCAAACCAGUGGCAUUGUGAGUGGAAAGACACCUCUACAAGCAUAUCUUGAAGAACCACCUUUGGACUUUACUAAUUUCCAAAGCUUGGACAUCCUCGAUUGGUGGAAAGAUAAUGCGCAUCGGUAUGGUGACUUGGCUGCAAUGGCAUGUGAUCUGCUAAGUAUUCCAAUCACAACAGUGGCUUCGGAGUCUUCUUUCAGUAUUGGAUCGCGAGUUCUGAAUAAAUAUAGAAGCCGUCUACUCCCAAAAAAUGUGCAAGCUCUCAUAAGCACUAGGAAUUGGAUCAAGGGAUACGAAUCUUAUGCACAUGAUGAAGAAGUCGAUGGUGAUGGUGAAGAAGAGAAUUUACCAUCAUUUGAGUCCAUUGUUGAUGGGGAAGGUGAAGAUGAGUAG